UUUGUGUGGUUGAAGUUAUCUUUCUGAGGUAUAAGCAAAAGCUGGGAAACAAAUAAGCCAAAAGGGACUUUUCCUGUGUUUGGAGUGUUGGAAUCUCAGAAGAUUGAAUCUUUAGUAUCCUGACAUUUGGGAAAGGGAUAUACUGCACUGUUCUGUUCAGAAUCCUAGCCUAAUAAAAUGCUUGGAGAAGCCUUCUUAAUUGAACUCCUAUACAAAGAACAGACCUAUACAUUUUGCAAACCACUUACAUGUAAGAAGACCUCAAAUGAUAAAAAGGAAACUUGGAAAAAGCAGCUUUUAGAUAUAGAAGACAAUUCACUUUCUCCCGAUCAAGUGGAAAAUCAACAUAAGGUUGUGAAAGAAAGUUUAACAGAGCAAAUUAAUGAUACAAAUACAAUAGAAUCUGUGGAUGAGAUAACUGUAGUAAAAUGCAAAAGUGCAUCCCUUCCAGGAAAUGUGUCUGUUGCAUUGCCCAUUCCAAAGAGAGAACAACAUGAUGAUAGACAACUGGAUUUAUACCGAUCUUGGUCAUAUACAAGUAUUUGCCAAAAUUAUCCUGACCUACAGAUUAGAGGAGACCACGUGGGGAACAUGUAUGAUUCAGGCUGCUUUGUGGAACACAUACGUGAUGAUGCUUUUAAUGGUCCCCUUUUACUUUCAGUAGAUAUACCGCUGGGUCAUUCUUUUAUCAGUGAGCCUCUAGAGAAACCACCCGCCUCAAAACUUUUGAAUGGGGAUGAAAUUCGAGAAAAAAGUAUGUUGCUUCAUAAGCAUCCCCUCUCUAACUCUAUGCUUAAUAGUUACAUGGAAAAAAAGGUGGAUGAACUCUACAAACAAUUUUUGGAAGAAAAUCUCACUAAGUGCCUUUCCAUAACCAAUCUUAUGGCUUCCAAUUUUCUAAUGAAUAAUGUAAAUCAGAUUAGCCUUCAAAUCUCUCAAGAGCACAACAUAGAGGCAUCGAAAGCUCGGGAAGCUCUCCUACAUUCUUUAGCAAGAUGUAAUCUCUGUAACAUUUCCUAUGGGAACAGUUUUGAAUUCAGCACUCCUAACCUACAAAUAUCAAACCAGAGAAGUAGGGAAUUUGUAUCACAUCUACUACAGGAACCAAUUAUAGGUUCAUUGGACUGACUUAAGAGACUGGAGUAACAAUAAUUUUUUCUGGUCCAUCAUGUCACAUCAGACAUCCUUUGUGGUGUGGGUAUUACAUUUUUUGAGAAAUUAUUUGACCAAUGGUACAUCUACAUUAUUUUAGGAGACAAUUUUAAUAAUUAAGUUUUAUGACCAUAUUUUCUAAUUAUUUUGACAUCUUUAAUGGCUGCCAUAGUCAGGUUUGUAAAUUCUGUAUGUACUUAUCUAAUUGCCAGCAGCUUCCCAAAUUGAUUACCUAACUUUCAUGCAUCAGCUUUAUUUACCAGAAAAGUAAAAACGUGAGAUGAGGAAAGUAUUAUUGCUCUCAGCUACUGAAAGGACCAUGAGAAACAAUACCAGAUAGGAGACUUUAUUUCUCCACAAAAAUGUUUAAAGACGUAUUAGUAGUGCUUAAAUACCCUUUCCUUUAUUUUCAACAUUCAGAAUGUUUGUAUACUGACAAUCAGAAUAGCAUAAGGGAAAUUCUUCAAACUUUAGUUGGAUUUAAAUGAUAUUUGAAAAAAAAUAUGGAAAAGAGACUUAAGGAAAAUGUAGAAUUUGCCAUUGAAAUUUGCAAUUAAAACUUGAUGCUUUUGAACUUUCCUGAGGCAAGCAUCAACUUUCUUAAAUCACUGUGUUAUGCAUGGUGGUUUAAAGGGAUGGAAGGAAACAAAGUAUACAGGUAAAGAGAACAAAGUGCAUGGAAAACCACCAUCUAGAAGUGAAGAGGGUGUGCUGUCAAUUUUUUAUACUUCUCAGGCUAUCCUCAAUCAAGAUCCUGGUUUAGGAUAAAAGUCAGCAGUAUGUUAUGGCAAUUUUGGAAUUAAAUAAAAUAAAUUAAUUAAUAAAAUAUACCUAAAAGAAUGGUACUGUUUAUUGCAGACUUGUAAACAAGACUACACGUAACAGCUUACAUUUCUCCUAAAUAUUGUAAAAUGAUUGGCAUGCACUUUUGCUUGUAAAAUAAAAUUGUAUGAAUUUCUUUAUGGAAUUGUUAUGAUGGCAUUAUAUGUUAAUAAUAUUUGUGCAUUUGUAAUUAAUCAUAUA